GACUCUGCAGCAAAAGAUGAUCUCCCCUCUGCUUUUCCAUCGCAAUGUAGCGGCGUCUCGUCCGAGGAACUGAUUAUUGUUUUUGUCUGCAGUUCCUGGAGGCUGAAAUAUUAGAGGGUGGAUUUUCGUAAUGUAUCCGCCGCCUGAUUGCAGCCUUAGUGAUGCCGACAUAUUUGAUUGUAUUCAAGAGGGGAACAUUGAGGAGUGCGCACAGUUCGUCCAGAAUGAUCGAUCAGUCCUCAAAGUCAAAGGCUGGGGAGGGUUCACCCCGCUCCACUAUGCUGCCCUGCACGGCAACCGUGCCCUGGUGGAUUUCUUCCUCAGCUGUGGAGCCGACCCCAACAUGACAUGUGAUUCAGGACAGACGGCCUUUCAUUUUGCCUGCAGACAAGGGAACAUCUUCAUCGUCCAUAAAAUGAUGCAGAGUGGUGCUGAUUUGCGCAUCGUAGACUUGCAGGGAAAAACAUCCCUGCAUCAUGCAGUUGCCGGGGGCAGCAUUGUUGCAAUACACUAUUUGUGGGAGACAGGAAUGUUCCGGUUCUCAGACACAGACAUGUUCCAUGUGACACCCCUUCACCUGGCUGCAUCCACAGGCAACAUAGAUGUGGUUCGGUAUUUGCUCAGAGAUCGGCGGUGUGCUGUGGAGUCAGUGGACCACCAGGGGGCGACGGCGCUUCACGUUGCAGCAGAGAGGGGUGCAGUGGAGGUGUGCUGGACACUGCUGCAGAGAAGUGGCUGCAGGAUUCUCCGUCUGAAAAACUACAACGGCUUCACACCACUGGCUCUUAGCAAGCAGGGGAAAACAUUCAGACAUCAGCAGCUCUCCAAACUACUGAGUCGGUACAUUAAUGAGCCAUUACACCACAAGCCCACUGAGUCUGACGUUUUAUACUAUUGGACCUUAUUUUAUCCAUUUCUGGGCGGAGCUGCCAUCCUGCUGCUGGCUCUGCUGUUGGGAGGCUAUGGGGGAAUCUUCUGUGCUUUGCUCUUCCCUUGGCUAGCCAGAAGCAUCUUCACUCAUUAUCAUCGCAUGACCACAUACCAAAGGUUGCCGAACCCUGUAUAUUUGGGAACUCUCUUGGCGGGGAUUCUCCACUCCCUGCUCUGUUUCUAUGGAAAAAUGAUGCCUAGUGUGUGGCCAACCAGCACAAUGGAUCAGGUUUCAUUGGUGCACUUCUCCAUGCUUCUGGCUCUGUUCUGCAAGAUUCUGACUCAGGACCCCGGGGCUCUGGACAGAGCAGAUGCAGACCCUCGGUUCUCCUGCAUCGCUGACCUGGUGGAGAACAGCCAGAACCCUAAAAGGUUCUGUCCACACUGUGAGCUGUUCCUGCCCGACUACACCAAACACUGCAAGCUGUGCGACGUGUGCAUCAAAGACUACGACCAUCACUGCCUUUUCCUCAACCGCUGCAUCGGCCGGGGGAACCAUCGCCUCUUCCUCGUCUUCAUCCUCUCCAUGGCGGCUGCCCACCUUCUCUUCAUUGCCAUGGCAACCAGUUACCUGUACAGCAAGAUGCCUCCAGGCAGUCACAGCCUAUCACAGUGGCUCAGUUUGUCAGCAGAGGAGUUCUGGGUUGUAGUCAUGGUGGUUAUGAACGCACUGACACUCCUCUGGGAGGUGUUGCUUCUGACUGAGCAGUUCGACGCCAUCGCCACGGGAACCACCACUUAUUUUAGACACCAGGAAGGCUCGCCGCGACAGAGGUCACUCGGGCAGCGUUGGCUCAUAGUGCUGACGUUCCUGCUGGAGGGACAGAGACCUGUGAGCGCCAGACUAACCAGAGAAAACAAAACAUCCAUAGAAAUUUAAAACUUCCACUUUGUCCCACAGACGUCAUUGCUUGUUUACAAAUGUACAUUCUUUGUUGACUUACUUCCGUGAUGAUUUGCUCUGUUUCAUGUGACUUUUUAACACCAUGUGAUAUCUUGUAAUUGAAUGUAAUAUUUCUACACAUUUUCUUAUAGUAUUUUAAUAUAAAUGUGAUUUUAGAGUAGGUUGGGCAGCAGAUCUGCUCACAAGGUGGCUUGCAGCAGAAAUACUACUACAAGUUUGAAUAGACUGCUUUUGUUACCAGCGUUAGUUUACCUUUUCUAAAGUGAUCAGGCAGCAUGGUGGUGUGGUAGUUAGCACUGAUGCCCCGCAGCGUUCUUUGUGGAGUUUGAGUGUUUUCUCUGGACACUCCAACUUCCCCCCACAGUCCAAAAACAUGCAUGUCAAGCUGACUGGGUAUCUUAAAUCACUGGUAAUACAUGAUUUCUUCAUUGUGUGAUGUGAUGGACUGACUGCCUGUCCAGGUUCCUCUCUACCUCCCACGACACCACAGCCACCCAUCCUCAGUGACCCUAUAGGGGUGAUAGAAAAUUAAUGUUUUUAUUGCUUUAAAGAAAAGAAAUCAUCAUGGUAUAAAGCAAAGUGUUGAUCAAAGUCCAAACUACUGAUGAUGAUAGUUUAUCAGGUGCACUUAACAAUUUUGUUCCUAUAAUCCUUUCAUGCCAAUACCUAACUGACCGGUAGAGAUGGGCGGUAUGGACAAAAAAAUGUAUCACGAUAAUUUCUGGCAUUUAAACCAAUAACGAUAAAAAAAAAUACCAAUACAAAAAGUGUCAUCAACGGGAAUAUUUCUUUCUUUCAGGCUCAUUUCUUUCUUCUUUCUUUCUUUCAGACUCAUUUCUUUCUUCUUUCUUUCUUUCUUUCUUUCUUUCUUUCUUUCUUUCUUUCUUUCUUUCUU